GACCUCAUGACCGACUUUCUCCACAAACAAACAAAGAAAGAACCUUGUUCAGGCAUUAUUUCAACUCGCAAGUCGCCAAGUGUAGAAUACGGAUGGACUCGCCUACCUGUAUCGUGGCGGCAGGUGCGGCGAACACACAGCUAACGGGAACCGGGAACUCUGCGCGGCAGUGCCACUCGCUCGCUCGGCGGCUACCGUUCGCCAGUUCCGUUGGGAGGGACGACGGGGGGGACCCUUGGUUCUUGCCAAUGGUAUGUCCGCUGUGCUGUGUUGUAGAUGUUGUCGUGAACACAAGAGACAGCGGGACGAAGCAGUGUUCAACGAACGGCAACCAGUCUGACGAAUCUCUCUGCUGGAAUCUUCUCUCCGGGUCGCUUCCAGACGCUCGGUCCAGUGUUAUUUUUUCUGAAAUUCUUUGCUAAGUGACUCGCUUAGUAACGGCUGACUUGGUGAACAAUGUGGCGGAGGAGUGGUGUCAGAAUCACGGGUGUCGGGCAACGGCUGUUGAAUGCUUCUGAGCCUGCUCACAAGGCCUGAUGUUAUGGUGGGGCUGAGGUCAGCAUCCAGAGGGCCAACCGUCACUGCCAUGGAGGCGCGGGUGUGCAGCGUAGAGUGGCAGAGACAGUGUCUACACCUGCAGCAGUCCCAGCAGAGCGGCCAUGUUGGUGGCAAGCAGGCAGCCAGAAGCAAGGAUGUCCUGCCUGUCGUUGAACUGAGGCCUUUCAUCAGGAAGGUCUGGCGUCGGGAGAAGAGCCUGCCCGUCUUCUAUGACAAGCAGCAGCUUCCUAAAGAGGACUCUAGGCCGGAAUCACCGGCUUCAUCUGGGGCAGUCGAGCCCUCGCCGAAAGUCUCCCACUACAUCCAAGAGCUGCGCGCGCAGCAGAAAAACGUAGACACGCGCCACAGCCUGGAUGCCCCUCUGCGCAGCCGCCCCAAGCUGCAUCCUGUUGCUGACUUCCGCUUCCAGACCCGCGACGCGGUGCGGCACCAGCAGGACCUGGUGCCCAGCUUCACAACGAGGUUCGACAGGAGCAGGACGACACUGACAGCAGUUCAUCAGCAGCAGACGGAUGGCAGCGGCCGGUACUCCAGCUCCAGCGAUGGCAGCAGCAGCAGCGGUAGCGGCAGCGGCGCGGUAGAGGGAGGCGACGCGGAAAGGGAGAUGAGCAGCACGACGAGCUCCAACAAGUCUUUGCCGCAGAUGUGUCUGACUGGUGGCAAGCUGUCCGUGGCCAACCUGGGCCGCCGUCCGCUGCUCUAUCUGCACCCGAUAUCCGCCUACCGCCAGAAGCUGUCGUGGAUACCCGCCACCCGUGAGGACGAGAACGGUGUCGGGCGUCGCGCUCGCAGUUUCCCGCUGACACGCGCCGCAGGAGGUUUUGCUGUGUCUCGCCGCACGGAUCUGGUUCUUUCCGGGAGCACCUUCCGCCCUCUGGAUAAACCUGUGGUGCAUCCCCCAUGGGGAGAAGAACCCAGCCCUCACAAGUUCAACAAAAAGCUAGGGGCAGCCCACGAUUCCUUCCUACUUCUCAAUCAAACCGGAAGUCCCACAGUCCUGGAGCGCAACCUUUCUCACGACCUGGAACUUCAGGUGGAGCGCUUUCGUCGGGAGAGGAGCUUCGCCCCUCUGGCGGACUCGAUCGUCUCGUCUACUUCUCACUACGUCGCCUACGACAACCAGCCCACACCAGGGGAGAUGACUUUGAUGCGCGCCCGCCAGGCCAACAUGUCAUCCCGAGGACUGAAAGCGCCCCACAAGCGGAAAGAGUCGCACAAAGCCAUGACGUCACCUCAGCAAAACGGUUACCUCGGUGGCAACUUGAGGAUCGGGCUUGGGGAGAUCGGCUUGUCCCCGAGGUCGAGGUCAGAACAAGGUGACUCUGGCAUCCAAAGUUCUCUCGGGGAGACCCUGGACGACACUUUCUCCAGGGGUGCUCAUGGUUACGGAGCACCUGCAACGUCUCCCCGUGACUUCGGAGAACAGGUCAUCAUCGAGGACCCGGAUGAGCCCAAUGAGUGCGGAGUAGAAACUGCGACCAGUACAUUCACUCAGCGAGGAGAGAGUGACCGCAACCAAACUACCGAUAAAAACCGCGCGCUCUCUGAGGAAGAGCCACUUGACAUGCGCGAACCUUUGGGUAAAGGGAGGACACGGGCCCACGAACCGAGAAAUAGCGAGCUUUCACGGGGUGAUGGUCGGCCCCAUGAUCAGCUGGGAUAUGCUGAAGAUAGUAGGGUUUCUCUUUUGAACUCUUCAUCCUCUUCAUCUUCAACUCUUCGGGAUCAAAAUGAAGUGCUUGACGAUAACGAUAACGGUAACGAUAACGAUGACGAUGAUUUUCAGGGACAGCCAGCGUUGUCUGGUAAACAUGAGCAAGAAUCUGUCAAUUCUCACCAAGAUCUCACCCUAGAGGGUUCUGACAAAAAUAGGUUCCUCCCCGAAAGACGCCAUGAUGCUUCUUUUGCAAACUCAGAUAUUUCCAAGCACUCACCAUCCCCGACACCCAUCAACACCAACGAUGGUGCUGAUGAAGAUACUGACACUCGGAUGACGCUGACAACUCACUGCUCUGUGCACGAGACUUCAGGUAAAGAAGAAAAGGUCGAUGAGAAUGAGUUAUCGGAUGAACGAGAUCAACUCGACGACAGUGACACCUCUACAACUUUUCUGACGGCGGGUAAAGGAGGAGAAGCAAUCAGACAAGCGGGGGUGGUCUCCUCUUGAAUCCAACUUCCACCUCAGGUAACCAAGAAAACAAAAGACAUUUCCUCAAGCUGUGAGGCUAACAAGGUCCACACACAUUAAAUGCUUUUAAUGCCUGAUGCCCAAUAAAGUGGUUGAUAAGACAUUUUUUUUCCUGCCAUCUACUUUUACCUUGGUUAGCCUCUGAAAUGUGCUGAGUUUGAGAAAGAAUUUGACUUCUGUAUGGAGUUCACAUACACUGUUCUUCUGGAAGUAAAUUUGUAACACGUUGCUGUUUACUCCUAGAUGCCUCAACCGAAUCAGCCUGUUGUCGAGGUUCUCAUGGACAAUUUUCUCAAAUUAGGGGGAUGAGGUUUGGAGAGUUAGAACCUCAUACGAUGUCUGUAACAUUUUUCUGCGUCUGCCUGUUAGAUAAUAUUUUCGCAUGGAUCAGUUUCUUAUGUAUUUAUAGUUUAUAUCAACGGGUUUUAUUUUCCAAGCUUGGUCUUCAAACGGUAUUUUAUGAUUAAACUUCACUAUCCUCCCUUCUAAAUUCAAAAAUAUAAUAUUUAUAAUAAUCAUAACGGAUAUGAGUCGCGGCAGGGUCAGUGCAAGUCAACGAGAAUUGUCACUACAGAAAUACUAUUAUCACAUUAUCUCUAUCAUAGUCUAGUCGUGUAAUCAGUAUUAUUGAACUUCCAUUCCCAACUCAACACAGCAAACAAGUAUAUUAAUACAACAACAUAAAUAAAAGGAUCAGGCGGUUCAAAGGUAUUACAUAGUUAAUAUUCAGGUUUGAUAGUCGAGGUAAACUUCAGGUCAAAUUCGUUUGUUGACACCUGCAUUGUCGACCCUAAGUUCUGCAUAUUUCUCACAACUCUUCCAUCCACCAAACCUCUCCAUCCUCAUACAUACAUUAAUAUGGUCACGUGUUUUGAGGCGUUAUUGAGCUUUGUGCCAAAUGUAUACAGCUGUAUAUUGUCACGUGGUAAUCUGUUAUUGUCCCUUUUGUUAAGUGUACAGAUGAUGUCAGUUAUUGUUGGGAAGUAUUGACUUUGAUAGGUCUACUUUUGGUAGUCGUUGACAGUUUGUGAAUAUAGCCUAGCAUCGUGUGUUUUAUUAUUCAUUUUUCUGAUUGCUGACUUGGAUGAUUAAUGGACACUUCAAACCAGAGAUAUUUCUCAUUAGCAAAUCCUUGUCUCGUCAACACUGCUACUGGACUUUAAAGGAGAAUUUUAUGAAAAUUGCACUACAUUUGUCACAUAAAAUAUUAAGAAGAAAGUCUUGUGGUGUAUAACUAUUCACUAAAUAGUUCCUUAACAACCACUCUGUACAACAAACCGGAGAACCUUAGCUGAGUCAAGAUUAGUAUAAUAAAUCCAAUAUAAAGAGUUGGAAACCCUUUUCGAAGUUCACAGUAAAUUUAUAUGAAUAUUCUCCUUAAUUCUAAAUUCUGGAGAAAAAAUAUUCAUUUUUGUU